AUGAAGGACAUUUGGAUUGCCUUCGUAACAGCUCCCCUGUUAGGGCUAGCAGCAGCCUUGCCACAAAAUGAAGAACAGUCCUUGCAGAAAACGCCUUCUGAACUUCUAGGAGACGCUGUUCGACAAUUAGAUACAAAUUGCCAAAACGAGUUUGUUGCCGCUCUUAACGAGCUUCGAGGUACUACUCAAAAUGACUAUUUCGCCCAGACACUAUCAAAAGUCAACGAUCGCCUUACGAACAGCUGCAAGACACAGCUUCGCGAGACUUUGGAAGGGCUACCUCUUAGAAAUAAGGCCCCAUGGGUUGAAGAACCUUUCCUAUGGAUAGCCUGUGAACAAGAUCCAGAUGGAGAGGCCUGCCUCGGGACCGCCAAAUGGUGUGAAAGCGAUCAAGGAGGGAAGAAGCUCUAUGGAACCGAGGAUAAUUGUCUAAAUUCGCGACAACCUCGCCCCUAG